CGAAUUGCCUGUGAGGCGGCUUGUUCCAAAAGAUUUGCGUCGGCGAAGAUGGGCAACUUCUUGAGCAGCCCCAAGACAGACAAAAUCACGCAUGUGGGCACGGGAAACGGUAUAUCGUAUGGCGUGAGCUGCAUGCAAGGAUGGCGCACGACCAUGGAAGACGCGCAUGUCGCUGAGACCACCAUCCCUGCAUUUGCAGGAAGCUCACUCUUCGCCGUGUUUGAUGGACAUGGUGGCAACCUCGUGGCGGAAGAAAGUGCCUUACGAUUGGUCGACACGCUCGCAAAGGGGCAAGGGAAUAACCAGCACAAGAAUGAACCGGACGCUAUCGGUGCCGCACUUCGAAACGCGUUCUUGACACUCGACAACGAUCUCCGGAAGUUGCAAAGGGUUGAAAAUGGCGAAGAUCAAAGCGGAUGUACCGCGAUUGCUGCCAUCGUGACCGACACGCACAUCAUUGUGGCAAACUCUGGCGACUCCCGCAGCGUCUUGGCAACAUGUGGUGAUGCAGUCGAACCAAUGUCAUUCGAUCACAAGCCCAACAACCCUCGAGAAAAGCUACGUAUUGAGAAUGCAGGCGGAAUGGUCCGGAACAACCGCGUGAAUGGCGAUCUCGCGGUGUCCCGGGCUUUAGGCGACUAUUAUUUCAAGGAACGCCACGACCUGGCACCAGAAGAGCAACAGGUGUCACCGGAGCCUGACAUCAAGAUCGAAGCGCGAUCGGCGGCGAAUGAGUUCCUCUUGCUGGCGUGCGAUGGCGUGUGGGACGUCUUGAGCAACGAAGAAGCAUGCGACUUUGUUCGAAGUGUCAUGAAGUUGGGUGAAAGGGACAUGGGAUUGAUCUGCGAAGAGCUUUUGGACCAUUGUUUGUCCCUCGACAGUCGUGACAACAUGAGCGUGGUGCUCGUGGCGUUUGAUGGCGCCAAGUUUGGGGAGGGCGAAGGAGUUUAUGGCCUUCGAAAGCAACGACAGGCCGCAGAAGAAGCAAAGGAACGAGAGGCGGCCGCUGUAGCCAAGCAACAAGAGGCGGUGCAGGGCCAAGCAUUGCGACAAGACAAAGAUUCCCAGUCACAGCUAUCCAUGUUUGUUGGCACGCAGUAGAUAUGAGGUCCAGAAUAGAGGUGUUCUCGCUUUCGGUCACGAUCGCUUUGUUCGGACACAAG